CAGAAGAACUUACCCGUCCCCAGAUGCUGUGACCACGCACACCACCUUGUCAACGGAUACACUGUGGCUUUAUGAACCCUGCAUCAUGGACGCUCUUUCUGAAGCAAAUGGCACCUUUGCCAUCCAGCUUUUAAAGAUACUGUGUCAAGACAACCCUUCACACAACGUGUUCUAUUCUCCUGUGAGCAUCUCCUCAGCCCUGGCCAUGGUCUUCCUGGGGGCAAAAGGAAACACUGCUGCCCAGAUGGCCCAGGUGCUUUCAUUAAGCACAGAGAAAGACAUUCAUCAGAGUUUCCAGUCACUUCUUGCUGAAGUGAACAAACCUGGCACCCAGUACUUGCUCAGAACGGCCAGCAGGCUCUUUGGAGAAAAGACUUGUGAAUUCCUCUCGGCCUUUAAGGAAUCCUGUCUUCGGUUCUACCACGCUGAGCUGGAGCAGCUUUCCUUUGCCAAUGAUGCAGAGCAGUGCAGGGAGCACAUCAACACUUGGGUCUCAAAAAAGACUGAAGGUAAAAUUCGAGAUUUACUGCCGAGUAACUCAAUCAAUGCAAACACCAGGCUGGUUCUUGUCAAUGCCAUCUACUUCAAAGGAAGGUGGAAUGAACAGUUCAACAAAAUGUACACAAGGGAAAUGCCUUUUAAAAUAAACCAGAAAGAGCAAAAGCCGGUGCAGAUGAUGUUUCAGGAAGCUACGUUUAAGCUUGCCUAUAUUAAAGAGGUGCAGACCCAGGUCCUGGAGCUGCCCUACGAGGGUGAGGAGCUGAGCAUGGUCAUUCUGCUCCCGGACGACAACGUGGAUCUAAGCUUGGUGGAAAAAAAUCUCACUUUGGAGAAAUUCAGAGCCUGGACCAAGCCAGACCGUAUGCAGAGCACCGAAGUGGAAGUUUUCCUUCCGAGAUUUCAACUGGAAGAGGAUUAUGACAUGGAAUCUGUGCUCCGGGGUCUGGGAAUGGUUGAUGCCUUUUGGGAGGACGAGGCUGACUUUUCGGCAAUGUCAGGCGAGAGAGAUCUGUGUCUGUCCAAGUUUGUGCACAAGAGUUUUGUGGAGGUGAACGAGGAAGGCACGGAGGCCGCGGCCGCGUCAACUAUCUUGGUUGUGGAGUGUUGCAUGGAUUCUGGCCCCACGUUCUGCGCCGACCACCCCUUCCUUUUCUUCAUUAGGCACAAUGCAGCCGACACUAUUCUGUUCUGUGGCAGGUUUUCCUCUCCAUAAGGGUGAGCAUUCCCCUCUUUCUGUGUCCUCCUGCCCUGCUCCACAGCCUUGGAAAAUGGGCCUUCGAAGCGCAGUGCAAAGGUGAGGGCAGAUGCCUCAAGCAUCUCAAUCCCAUGCUUGUCCACACCCAGCUCUCCCCAUCCUGACCACUCAUUUGCCCUACUUAGCCAAGUUCAUGGGACAAGAGACCUUAAUGAUUCCCUGUAGUAUUUAAAGUGCAGUCCUAAUCCCAUAGGAUGGAAUGCGAAGUUUCCCUGGAUGGCCCCAGACUUACUCCCCUCUCAUUCCACUUGUAAUUCAUUCUAGUGACACUGUGUUCUGCCUUGUACCUCAAAUCUGGUUGCAUACUUGCCUUAGCCUGUUUCAGUAGUAAUAAAUGCUGCUCCUGAGGCUAUUAUUUUAUAGUCUGCCUGGUGCAUGGGCUUUUUAGAAAGCUUCUUUAAUGCACAUUUUUAUUUUAUCUUUGACAUUCAUGCCUCACUAAGUAGGUGGCAAGCCAGGGCAUCAGGCAUUGGAGACAAAGGGGGCGGAGUCAUGGUCUUUUGACACCUGGUCUUUAAUACUCAGGCCAG